UCAAAGGAAUUAUUCAAUUUAUGUUUGCCGUUUGUGUUACAACCUUCUCACAAUAUGGGAACGUACAACUUAGUUAUAGUAUUUUUAAUAGCUAUAUCGCACGUUACGUGUUUUAGCGUUGUAACAACUAACAAUACUGGAUCUAUUCAGUAUGCGUUAUGUACCACUGAUAAAUGUAUUAGUGCGNCUUCAGAGAUUUUAGCCAAUCUAAAUCGUACAGUUGACCCUUGUGAUAAUUUUUACAAAUUUGCUUGUGGCGGAUGGUUGCAACAUAACCAACCAAAUGAUUUGUUUCCAUAUAUUGAUAUUUUAAAUUUGAUCUCAAGAAAAGUGAGGGAUCAACUUCGAGAACUUGUAGAAGGACCCGCUAAAGAAAAUGAUAGUACGGCUUUGAUAAAAGCAAAACAUAUUUAUGCUCAAUGCAUCAAUAAUGAGGACAGUAACGUGGACGGAAGCUUACGCGCCAUUGUACAUAGGUACGCCGAAUGGCCAUUGGUUAUGCCUCAUCGCGAAUGGAACGAUACAAAUUUGACGUGGCAAAAUGUUAGCAUGAUUUUGAAUGAAAAUGGAUUUAAUAAUGGCCUUUAUGAUAUAACGGUGGAAAGGCCUAACAAAACGUCCAAUAGUAGAAUUAUAGUUAUUACUGAGCCUAACUUUUGUUUUCCAAGAGACGCCAUACUUCCGUCUAAAAAGACAGGUAGAUGGAAUGAAAUACACGCAUCCCACAUUGUAAGAAUUGUGAAAAAAUUCAUAGAAGAAAAUAACGGAACUAUCGAGAUCGAUAAUCUUACUCGAGAUGCACUUGACAUCGUACAAUUUGAAACGGAACUGACUAACUUGACAAUAAGCUAUGAAGAAUAUAAGGAAAUGCCUAAUGUUUAUAUUCCGUUGACAAUUCAACAAUGGCAAGAAGAGUUUGAUAAGCAACAUCCCGAAGAAAAGGGAAAGAUUAAUUGGCAUUUAACCAUUCAAACAUUGUUUACUUCAGAAGGAAUCGCAAUUGAACUGUCUGAAAAGAUCGUCAUUGAAGCACACACAUAUCUUAUUAAGCUGAUACCGUUAUUAAAGCGAACACCAUCUCGUACUAUUGUUAAUUACAUGUUGUGGACUGUAAUCUGCGAGAUUCGUAACUACAUUAUACAAUUAGAAAAGAAUGCACGUGACACAAGGUGGAAAACAUGUAUUUCAAAAUCCAACUUGAAAUUUGCUAUUUUUCAUGAAUAUGUCAAAAAAUACGUGUCGGACGAAAGUAUACAGGACGUCAAAGAAAUAAUCACGGACGUUAAAAGCGCUAUUCGAGAACAAAUAAAAAACUCCACUUGGGUGGACGAGCAAACGAGAGAGAUGUGUCUUGAGAAAGUUGCUUAUAUGAAACAGGACAAUAUUAAACCCGACUGGUACAACAAUGAAGAUAUUGACAAUUAUUACAAAGGCAUAAAUGUCAGCACAACAUAUAUCGACACCUUAAUAAAGUUAUUUACGUACGACAAAAAGAAAAUGUUAAGCUUGCUAAGAAUACUCGGCAACACAACUUUUACAAAGUUGGAUAGCGACUUUGCAGAACCAAAUGCUUACUACAUUCCAUCUCUUAAUAAAUUUGUUAUUCGUCCUACCAUUUUACACGAUCCUGUAUAUAAUAGAAGUCGUCCAUCAUUUAUCAACUACGCCUCGCUAGGAUUUAUUAUCGCACAUGAAAUAAACCAUGCCUUCGAUUUAGUCGGUAGUAAAUAUGACAAAGACGGCAACAUCGUACAAUUGUGGUCGUCAAAGGCUAUCGAUGAGUACAUAAAAAUAUCACAAUGUUUCAUCGAUCAGUAUAACGAGUAUCUAUUUGCGGGAUUAGAAGAUAAGAAUGUUUUCGUGAACGGAUAUAUGACACUUAAAGAGAACAUCGUCGAUUCUGCGGGAGUUGUAGCUGCGUAUUACGCGUAUAAAAACAAGAAAGCUAAAUUGAACGAACCUGAAUGGCGGCUGCAAGGACUAGAACAGUAUAAUGAUGAUCAGAUCUUUUUCAUAACGUUUGCUCAAACAAUGUGCGAAAGUUUUCUUCCGAAAAAGCAACAUCUUAUUUCCGAUGUUUAUUCUGUAAAUGAAAUUAGGGUUCGCGGCAGCCUUUCAAACUUUCCUGAAUUUUCCGCAGCUUACAACUGUCCCGUGGGAACAGUAAUGAACCCGGUAAAGAAAUGCGCUCUUUGGUACUAGAACGACGAUUGUGCACCUGCAAAAAUGUGAACGCGAUGUUC